CAGUGCAGUCGUUUGGUAAUCAGGAAUGGCACACCACAUUAGGCAUGCUUUUCCUUUCCUGAAAUAUGAGCUCCCUUACAUUGGGAAGUUCUUAGAAUUUAUGGUCCUUUUUCCCUCUGCCUCACUACUUUUCACUUGACUCCUUAGUGCUGGUAGCUGAUUAAUUCAGCCCUCUGGCCCAUUCGAGGAUCCUUCUGCAGCCUGCACUGACAGGGCCAAGUGACAAAGUGAAUAUAUCACUCACAGCCAUUUGGCCUUGUUUGCCCUGUGCUGUGGCCUGACUCUUUAUGCCCUUGGAAUGAAGGCAUCUGCUUAUUCUCGAGAGUGUGAACCAAGGUCCAUGCAAGUGGCGUGGCAGGCAUUUCGUGGCUCUUAGUUCGUGCUCAUUGCAAGCUGCAAGCUGGAUGGAGGUCUACACAGGCAGAGCUGAUGCCUUUAUUGUAGUGGACCCACUGGUGCAUUCCUCCUCCAGCACCUCCUCCACCAACAGCAGUAGAGCCUAAGCAACAAUCCAGGAGGCAAAUAUACCUUUAACAAGACGGGAUCUCAAGUGGCAGCAUGAAGCACCUCAGCAGCUUCUGUUUUCUGUUUGGAGGACUGAGUGUAUAAAAUAGGAAGGGCCUCACUAACUUCUUCAGAACCAAAAGUAUCAGAAAUAUGACUAACACAUUAGAACAUAAGAUCCAGACUGCCACUCCUCUGCCUCUGACAGAAGAGCCAGGAAACAAUAAACAGCGUUACUAAGGUUGGGAACCCAAAGACAAGAUGCUAAACUUGGAAAAUAGAAAAAUCAUAUGGAACCAAAAUCAGUCUGCCCAAGUUCCCGGCGACAUGAAGGGGCUCCUCCUUUCCACUCUUCUCUUCACAGAGCUGGCACAGUUUUGCUGCAGGGCACAGGACACAGCAUCAUUAGACAGGACACCUGAAGUGCUUCAGCGUAAACAGUUUUGUCACUGGCCCUGCAGAUGCCCUCAUCAGAAGCCCAGUUGCCCUCCUGGUGUGAGCUUGGUUAGGGAUGGCUGUGGUUGCUGCAAAAUCUGUGCCAAGCAGUCAGGGGACAUCUGCAAUGAAGCUGACCUCUGCGACCCACACAAAGGGCUAUAUUGUGACUACUCGGCAGACAAGCCUCGGUACGAGACCGGCGUGUGUGCAUAUCUUGUAGCUGUUGGAUGUGAGUUCAACAGGAUCCAUUACCGUAAUGGCCAAGUGUUUCAGCCCCACCCCCUGUUUAGCUGCCUCUGCAUGAGUGGGGUGAUUGGGUGCACACCUCUGUUCAGACCCAAGCUAGCUGCCAGCCACUGCUCUGGAGCUAAAGGUGGAAAGAAGUCCGAUCAGUCAAACUGUGGCCUGAGACAGUCACGACAGCAGCUCUCAACAAGCUACAGAACAAUGCCAGCUUACAGGAGUCUUCCACUUAUUUGGAAAAGAAAAUGUCUUGUGCAAGCAACCAAGUGGACUCCAUGCUCCAAAACAUGUGGGAUGGGAAUAUCUAACAGAGUAACCAAUGAAAACAGCAACUGUGAAAUGAGAAAAGAGAAAAGACUAUGCUACAUUCAGCCUUGCAACAGUACUAUGUCAAAGCCAGUAAAGAUCCCCAAGGGAAAAACAUGCCAGCCUACUUUCCAACUGUCCGAAGCUGAAAAAUUUGUCUUUUCUGGAUGCUCAAGUACUCAGAGUUACAAACCCACUUUUUGUGGAAUAUGCAUAGAUAAGAGAUGUUGCAUCCCCAAUAAGUCUAAAAUGAUUACCAUUCAAUUUGAGUGCCCAAAUGAAGGGUCAUUUGAGUGGAAGAUGCACUGGAUUACAUCUUGUGUAUGUCAGAAAAACUGCAGAGAAGCCGGAGACAUAUUUUCUGAGCUCCAGAUUCUAUAAAACCAAGCACAAGUGUGUAUGUGGUGGUGUUUUAAGGUUAAUCAUUAUGUCAUAUAAUUAAAAAGGUAGAGUGGUGGUAAAUCUACUUAAUGGAUUUAAAGUACUAAGAAUAGAUGUUCUCAGAUAUCUUAAGAUAUCAGAAGCUUCUAAAAGAGUUUUUCCUAAAAAUAUAUACAAAACUUAAACAAUUUAAAAUUGAAUUCAUUUCUGCAAAUAUAUUACAAUAAUGUAAUAUAAUCAUUUGGUAUUAUCUAAGCAUUCAAAAUAUAACAAAGUUUUACUAUUUACAAGAAAACAUUUUAUUUUACAAAAUAAUUGAGAAUACUUAGCUAAUAUGUUUAAAAACACUACAUUUUUAAGCUUUAAUCUGUAGCUGGCAAUGCAGCCUAGACUCCUAUCAGAUGAUAAUUACUACAGGGCUGAAAGGAUUCGAAAUAAAUUCUUGAAGAAAAAUAAGAUUACACUAUAAAUACAUUUAUAAUUUUCAUUGCCAAAUCCUAAAUAUUAGUUAUGAUUUAUUUUAGGAUAGAUGAUUUAUUUUAGGAUAGAGGAAAGUGGAACUUUCUGGCUACUGUUAACAAGUGUAAUGCAGAAGUUUUUAUACCAAAUAAUGUAAAAAAACUAAAUUUCCAAGAUAAGGACCAAGAACAGUAGUGACACCUUGCAAAGGAAAAACACUUAAAAGACAAACACUAAAGAAAGCAUACAACAGAUUUUGGCUUGAAAAAAAAUUGUUCCUAAAAAUUACUUCCUUAUAAAUCCACUUUAUCUGAAAUACAAAUUGUGAUUAAAAAUAAAUUAAUGCUAACUCAAAUUGCAGGUUAUAGUAAGUGGAACACACUACACUACCACACCACUUAGUAGUACAAAGGUGAGAAGAGACUAUGAAGCUUAGUUAUGUUUUAUUCACUUAUAAAAAUGGUGACAUACAAAACAAUAACAAGUAGCAGUGUUUAAAAACAUGGACAUUUAUUAUAAAAUCAGCUGGCUUGAUAAAAAGUCAAAUGUUUAAAAUAAUUUAAUAUAAAUACAUGUUAAAUGUCUAAAUUGUGAUUCUUCUGAGUGCAAAAAUUGUUACGUAAAGAAAAAACAAAAUCUCCUUAAUAGAUGUAAUAAAGUCUAUCCCUGAAAAGUUAGUGACUAUUAUGUGGAAAUAUUACUGUAUUAUUUUACUCCUAGUACUUACUUUUAAAGUAUCAGGAGAAUUUAAGCAAAAUAUCAAAAUAUAAAUAUCAGUAUAAAAAUAUAUCUGUACAUGAUUUUUAUUAUCAGUGUAUAAAGGUCUAAAUAUGGGGUUAUAAAUAAAGCAGUCUGUUGAACAAC